AUGCAUUUCCUUCGCUUCCUUGGCUCGGCCAUUGGAUUUUCACAGCUCUCGCAGCCUCCAGAAGACUCACCAUGCCCACAGCGCGACCUCGCACACUCUCCCCCGGUCUACCCAUCACCAUGGAUGGACCCCAAUGCCGACGGCUGGGCUGAUGCCUACGCCAAAGCGAAGGCCUUUGUCUCACAGUUGACUCUUCUCGAGAAGGUCAACUUGACCACCGGAGUCGGAUGGGAAGGAGAUGUCUGCGUCGGAAAUGUCGGCUCUGUUCCCCGCCUCGGUCUUCGCGGUCUUUGCAUGCAAGAUGGCCCCGUUGGCAUCCGUUUCACCGAUUACAAUUCCGUCUUUCCCUCCGGCCAAACUGUCGCCGCGACCUGGGACCGUAGCUUGAUCUAUCGCAGGGCCGAAGCCAUCGGUUUCGAGCACCGCUCCAAAGGCAUUGAUGUUGUCCUGGCCCCUGUUGCCGGUCCCAUCGGUCGUGCGCCGACUGGAGGCCGCAACUGGGAGGGCUUCUCCGUGGACCCUUACCUGACAGGUAUUGCCAUGGCUGAGUCGGUCAAGGGUAUCCAGCAGCACGCUAUUGCUUGUGCCAAGCAUUUCAUCGGCAAUGAGCAGGAACACUUCAGACAGGCUCCAGAAGCCAUUGGCUACGGAUAUAACAUCACCGAGUCGAUCUCAUCCAACAUUGACGACAAGACCAUGCACGAGCUCUACAUGUGGCCCUUUGCCGAAGCCAUCCGUGCCGGCGUUGGCUCCAUCAUGUGCUCUUACAACCAAGUCAACAACUCGUACGGUUGCCAGAACUCAAAGCUUCUCAACGGUCUUCUCAAGGAAGAGCUCGGCUUUCAAGGAUUCAUCAUGUCUGAUUGGCAAGCUCAACACGCGGGUGCUGCGACAGCUGUUGCCGGCCUCGACAUGGCGAUGCCGGGCGAUGUUCUCUUCAACACCGGAACUACCUUUUGGGGAACCAACCUGACCGUUGCCGUCCUCAACGGCACCGUUCCUGAAUACCGCCUUGAUGACAUGGCUCUGCGUAUCAUGGCUGCGUUCUUCAAGGUCGGCUUCGAGGUGGAAUCUGUCCCUGAACUAACCUUCUCGUCGUGGACCAAGGACACGAUCGGACCCGUCCACUAUUACGCCAAAGAGAAUACCCAAGUCAUCAACAAACACGUUGAUGUUCGCAGGGGUAGAGAUCACGCUAACCUGAUUCGCGAGAUUGGCGCCAAGGCUACUGUCCUGUUGAAAAACAAGGGCGCCUUGCCACUCAAUAAGCCCAAGUUCUUGGCCGUCAUCGGAGAGGAUGCCGGACCCAACCUCAAGGGCCCCAAUGGAUGUGACAACAGAGGCUGCAACGAUGGGACUCUGGGUGCUGCGUGGGGAUCAGGAUCGGCGGAGUAUCCUUACCUGGUUACUCCUGAUCAGGGGCUGCAAGCUCGCGCUGUUGCGGACGGUUCUCGAUACGAGAGCAUCCUCAGCAACUAUGACUCUGCGGCUACGAAAGCUCUUGUUUCACAGGCAGACGCUACGGCAAUCGUAUUUGUCAACGCCAAUGGUGGUGAAGGAUUCAUCAACGUAGGUGGAAACGAGGGCGACCGCCAGAACCUGACGCUUUGGAACGCGGGAGAUGAGCUUGUCAAGAACGUGUCCUCGGUCAACAACAACACCAUUGUUGUGAUCCACUCCAUCGGCCCAGUCCUAUUGACUGAUAUGUACAACAACCCUAACAUCACAGCUAUAGUCUGGGCCGGCCUUCCUGGGCAGGAGUCGGGCAACUCCAUCGCCGACGUCCUCUACGGAAACGUCAACCCCGGAGGCAAGUCUCCCUUUACAUGGGGCCCCAACCGCGAGAGCUACGGUGCCGAUGUUUUGUACAAGCCCAACAAUGGCCAGGGCGCUCCUCAGGAUGACUUCACCGAGGGUGUCUUCAUUGACUACCGCCACUUUGACCGCGCUACUGCUGGAACCAACAGCUCCGGCGUGGCACCCAUCUACCCUUUUGGCUUUGGUCUCUCGUACACGACCUUUGAAUACUCCAACUUGGUAGUCACUCCCGGUAAUGUGGGCGAAUAUGUGCCGACAACCGGCGAGACUGCGGCAGCACCCACAUUUGGCAACUACAGCACGAACCCAGCCGAGUACGUCUUCCCUAGCAACAAGUUCCGAUACAUCUACAACUUCAUCUACCCUUACUUGAACACCUCGGACGUUCGUAAGUCUGCCAACGACCCCACUUACGGAAAGACCGCCGCGGAAUUCUUGCCUCCCAACGCCGUUGCCAGCACCCCUCGGCCCAAGCACCCCGCAUCAGGCGCUCCUGGCGGCAACCCGCAGCUCUGGGACGUUCUCUACACGGUGACUGCUACCGUGACCAACACCGGAAAGAUUGCUGGCGACGAGGUUGCCCAGCUCUACGUCUCCCUCGGCGGCCCGGAGGAACCUGUCAAGGUCCUGCGCGGAUUUGAGCGCAUCCCCAUUGCAGCCGGCGCGUCGGCGGCCUUUACGGCGCAGAUUACCAGGCGCGACCUCAGCAACUGGGACACGGCGAGCCAGAACUGGGUCAUCAGUAAAUACCCGAAGAAGGUGUGGGUUGGAAGCUCAUCGAGAGACCUGCCACUGAGUGCGUCGCUCUAG